AUGGCAAAGGACGGACGCGUUAACACGAAUGCCGGUGGUGCCAUGGGCAACGGUGAACCGCGUCUGCGACACCAAAGGAAGCGUCCAAGGCGCUGCGCCAUUGGCUGUUAUCACGCCAGUGCGGUUAUUCUCCUCAUUGGUGUUGUCGUGGCUCUGGCUGGUGUCUCGUCUAGUCGUCUCUUCGACAUCUUUAUCUAUGAUAAUCGCCAUCCGCCCCUCUUCCAUCACAUCUCCAUUCAUGUAGGCCUCUUUGACGUUAGGGGCGAGAUUACGGGCAACGAAGCUAACCCAGUGGUUGAGGCACUGGCGUAUCCGCCUGUUCUUGAUGAGCCGAGUUGGUUAACUGCAAAAGCUGCCUCCGUGAUUGGUAUAAUCUUCGGCCUCCUUGCUCUCAUUAUCCACGUGGCCCUUCUCUGUUGUUAUCGUGGCCGAGAGGACAAACCAUGGGGAACUGUUGCGGUGGAAGUCCUUUUUCGUCUUAUCACCGUCAUUGGUUUGCUAGUUGGUCUCAGUCUGGCGGAGUCGGAAAUCGAAGGCGUCCAUAAUCACGGUGACGAAACCCUGAUCCGCAUGCUUCAAGCGAAUCGGCUCCUUGGAAUCAGCGCCGAAGUUGAUAAAUCUGCGGUUCCAUCGAACACCGAUGAAGUGCACCACGCCCCCUCCCCUCUGUCCUCUAACUCCAUAGCUGAAUUUAACCUGGUCCUAUCUGAUCCUCGACAGAGUUUUUACUUUCUCAUUGCUGCCGACUUCAUCUCCCUAUUGGCCUUCCUCAUGACACUGGUCUACUUUGUGCGUCUUAGUGAACGCAAGGAGGAAUUUCGGAAGCAGCUUCAAAAAGCCAAAUGUGACGUCGAACGUGCUCCUCUGGUCCCACUGGCUCCCCUACUCCCGCUCCUCAGGCCGAGAACGCUCUCCCUUCAUUUCAUCCCCUACGCCUCCAUCAAUGCCUUUACGACAAGAUUCGGUGUAAACACAGGUGUCACCCCGUGGGUGUUUUGGGGCCAGGGCAUCAGCCUUGUCCCGAUGGAUGCCCCACAUGUGCGCUUGGGCGGUUUUCGUGUUGGUACUGUUCCGCGUAGUAGAACAAACAAUGAUUCACCAACUAUCGGCCAGCAUUCUGUGCUAAUCACCGCUGCGCUUCAGUUAACUCGCGCCGUCGAAGGCAUUGACUCGGGGGCGUUACUCGACUCGGGGCGAUGA